AUGGAGGAUCCCGCCGAAGACGAUUCAGCAUCGGGCGGAAAGGAAGAGGGAGCUGGUGGUGUGAGCGCUGGCACGGCGGAAAAGGUCAAGAAGCAGUUUUCGGGGGAGUAUAACACGUUCUGGAACAAGUUUCUGUGGCAUCUUUUCCGCAAGCUGACCCCAAAAGAUCGCCGUAUUGGUUAAAUCAUAAAAGGUAGCUCCUUGCUUGCUGUCGGGGGUAUGCGGUCCUUGAAAGAUGCUUAACAACCAAAUCGAGUAAGCCGAACUCAACAACAACGAGAAUGCCGUUCUUCCCAGCAACUUGACAUGAUGAAAAAUAUACCAACUUUAUUCAUUCCAACA